GCUUACUCUGCCGUAGGUCUUUCUAUUGGGAUUUCGAAGUUUACUUUCUUCAGUUCUUGACAAUUUCACACGUUUCGAUUAUGGUUUGAGGAGAAAUACGUUUCAGCUUUCUAAUUCCCGUUUUUCCGUUUCCUUUUUCCGCGUUGGUUUUUCAGUCACGUCUCCGAAGCGUAGGGCAAAAUUGCGGGCAUCUUAUCGGCGGCGGCGACGACUCUCUUCUGUCUGACACUCUGACUCUCUAUCUCUCCUCUCCCUCUUUCUCGUCGGUUGGGUUGGAUUCGACAAGGCGGCAACAACUGUCCGGCGGCCAAAGGAAUCCUGGUUCCAGGUAAUUCACACUUAGAAAAGACAGUAUUCUCGAUAGUUUGAAGUCUCAAUCGAAUCAAAAGCUACGAUUUUUCUCCAUCUAACUGGUUGGGUUCUAUUGAAAUCGAUGUACUUCAAAGCAUUCAAGUGUGGUGAUUUGGAGAUUCUGUUUUUUUCACUCAGUUGAAUUCCUUGUAGCUAGCUUCUGCCUCUCUAUAGUGGCUUCACCGGUGCCUUCUCGUUCUCUUCUGUCUGAAAGCUUUAAACUUUGGUGCUAAUACUUGAUUAGCGCUCUUGCGAAUUACGAUUGAGUGCAGUAUAAUUGAAAACCCAUGUAUGCAUUAUUAUUUUGCCAAUGUCAAAUUGGAUACUGAAUCUAGUUCUUGUGGUUUUCCCCUUCAGAGUUUAGGAGAGAGUGGGAAGUGAUCAUAGGGGAAGAUGGAGAAGAGAGAGGAUAAGCAGGAAGAAGAGCAGGAGCAGGUGGUGAAUCCAUGGGAGGUAACAGCGAAAGAUGGAGGAAAGAUCGACUAUGAUAAGCUUAUAGACAAAUUUGGUUGCCAAAGGCUUGAAGAGCCAUUAGUGGACCGUGUCCAACGACUAACCGGCAGACCUGCUCAUGUCUUCCUCCGCCGUGGAGUUUUCUUUGCCCAUAGGGAUUUUGAUGAGAUUCUGAAUGGAUAUGAGAAAGGGAAAAAGUUCUACCUUUAUACUGGAAGAGGCCCAUCCUCUGAAGCUUUGCAUCUUGGCCAUCUUGUACCAUUUAUGUUUACCAAGUAUUUGCAAGAUGCCUUCAAGGUGCCACUAGUUAUUCAACUUACUGAUGAUGAGAAAUGCAUGUGGAAAAACCUCUCAGUUGAAGAGUGCCAGAGACUUGCCCGUGAAAAUGCCAAAGACAUUAUAGCAUGUGGUUUUGACGUCACAAAGACAUUCAUCUUUUCAGAUUUUGAUUAUGUUGGCGGAUCCUUUUACAAGAACAUGGUGAGGAUUGCAAAGUGUGUCACGUACAAUAAGGUUGUGGGCAUAUUUGGUUUCAGUGGUGAAGAUCACAUUGGAAAAGUUAGUUUUCCACCUAUUCAGGCAGCACCGUCAUUUCCUAGUUCAUUCCCACACUUGUUCUCUGGGAAAGAUGACCUCCGUUGUUUGAUUCCUUGCGCAAUUGAUCAGGAUCCAUAUUUCAGAAUGACACGAGAUGUUGCACCGAGGCUAGGAUAUCAUAAACCUUCUCUGAUUGAGUCGUCUUUUUUCCCAGCCCUGCAGGGUGAAACAGGAAAAAUGUCUGCCAGUGAUCCAAAUUCUGCUAUAUAUGUGACAGAUUCGGCCAAGGUCAUUAAAAACAAGAUAAAUAAGUAUGCAUUCUCUGGUGGGCAAGACUCCAUAGAGAAGCACAGAGAACUUGGUGCCAAUCUUGAGGUGGACAUACCGGUGAAGUACCUAAGUUUCUUCUUGGAAGAUGAUGCCGAGCUGGAGCACAUUAAGACAGAAUAUGGUGCUGGACGGAUGUUGACUGGGGAGGUGAAGAAGAGACUAGCCGAUGUUCUGACAGAACUGGUAGAUAGACAUCGUGCAGCUCGGGCUGCUGUCACGGAAGAAAUGGUGGAUGCUUUCAUGGCAGUGAGACCACUUCCCAAUAUGUUCGAUUAAAGAGGGAGGAGGAGGAGGAGGUGGAAACUCUACCUUCUUCCCUAUCAAGCUCUCUCCCAUCAGAAGGAAUGAGCUUUUUCUUUUCCUUCUGUUAGAAACCAGAGGAGCUACUUUCCCUAUAUUAAGACUAGAGAUUCAAAACAGGAAGGGAUGUUUUCUUGUGCUAGAGAUGAUCCUCAAAUGAGAAUUCAGGAAGCUUUCUACCUUUCCUUGUCAUAUGGAAACUGCAUUGCUGAACAUUCAUUGCUGUCCUCUGAUACCGAAAAGAACCGGACAGAACCAUGAUGGGGGUUUUUCGGUUUGGCCCGGUCGUUGGCCGGUUACGACUCAAGAACAGGUUGGAAACCAGGCCCACUGAUAUGAAUUUUUCCUGUUUUCCGCCAUGCAGAUGGGAGUUUGUGCCUACACAAUAGAACAUUAAAUGAUGGGGGGAAAAGAGACAAAUGAAACCACGAUAAUUGGGAUUUUUAAAGGGUCUUGCUGGAAGGUUGUGUGAUCCAUUUUCUGGGUAGGAAAACGUCACUCUUGUUUAUAAUCUGUGUAGAAAUAUGGACCAUAGCCUGUGUGGUGACCCGAUUCAGGACGUCAUUUCCUUAUGUGUGCUAGAUAUUUCUCGUUUCUUUUCCAAUGAGAUAUCUACCGUUUCUAAAUCUGUUAAGAGGAUGAAGAUGAAGGAAAGACAGGUGCCUGCCUCCCCUAUAGUUCAGCCCAGAAGGACCCGAGCCAGAAGAUCCCGGUUCAAAUCUUGAGUGGGAGGACCAAAAGCGUAGUUAGAGGGUCUUGAGUUCGAAACAUAGCAAUUUUAACAAAAUUUCUUUGUGAACAAAGAUUUGAGUAUCGCGGUAUGUGGUACCUUCACUGGUUUUCAACAAGGAGGGUACAACGCGAACUUCUCUUUCCCUUGAUAGCACCAGCAACAUGAAUUUGUAUGCUGACUAUUCCAACUCGAUCCGCUGACAACCUGAAAAUCAUACUCUUGCAACCUUGCCCUAGUCAUGUCGGACAAGCUAACAAAGAGGUUAGGAUUAUUCUUUAUAGUAAUAUUCAGGAGUUUAAAUCAACUUGAUUAAGGAGAUUAAUUAUCAAACUCGAAAGACAAACCCAUCUCAACCACCGGUUCAACCAAUGAGUUUACUACCCAAAGUUAGGUUUACCAUUUUGAGUUGCUACAAGUUCCAACCUCCUUUUAGGUUACUACAAUGCUGGAUUUGCAUGCUGAUAUUCCACAUUUAAUUUGGACCAUAAGUUAUAUGAAACUGCUUAAACUUAAUAAAUCAUACACAAAAAG